UUAUUUUGAAGAGUAAUGACCCGGAAGUUGAAGGAGCGCACGUUGUUUUGAACAUGUCUUCUUCUAAAAUACCCAAGAAAUCCUUGAAUUUUCAGGGGGAGAGCCACAUUAAUUGGAGGAAAAGAAAACCAGAACUUAAAGAAGCUCUCAAACAAAGAAAACAUGCCAAACUGCUCAAAAGGUUGGAGAAAGAAAAACAGAAAGAAGAAGCUCAAAAAGAAAUGGCUGAACAGAACAAAAACAAUAAUGGUCGGCAAUACACGGUGAGCGUGGCUUUACCUGGGUCAGUUUUGGACAAUGCCCAGUCAGCAGAACUUCGCACAUACCUGGCUGGGCAGAUCGCUCGGGCCUGUGUGGUCUUCUGUGUGGAUGAAAUUAUAGUCUUUGAUGAACAAGGGGAAGAUGUAAAGAGUGUGGAAGGUGAAUUCAAAGGAGUUGGAAAGAAAGGACAUGCCUGUAUUCAGCUUGCAAGAAUACUUCAAUACUUAGAAUGCCCUCAAUAUCUCCGCAAGUGGUUCUUUCCUAAACACCAGGAUUUACAAUAUGCAGGAUUACUUAACCCACUAGACAGCCCUCACCACAUGAGGAUAGACGAAGAAUCAGAGUACAGAGAAGGAAUAGUCCUUGACCGGCCAACCAAACAAGGAAAAGGCUCAUUUGUUAACUGUGGAAUGAGAAAAGAUGUUCGCAUUGACAAACCAUUGCAGUCAGGUCUUCGAGUCACAGUACAACUUAAUAAAACCCAGAGUGAAGAAAGCAAAGUGUACAAAGGUAUUGUGGUGGCCCCUCAUGUGCCAAGGACUGAAGGAGGGCUCUACUGGGGUUAUACGGUUCGUCUUGCAUCUUGCCUGAGUGCUGUAUUUACAGAAGGUCCAUACAAGGAUGGAUAUGAUCUUACUAUUGGCACAUCUGAGAGAGGAAGUCACUUGGACCAGACUUCUCUAACACCUUUUAACCAUCUCUUGGUUGUUUUUGGUGGUCUUCAAGGAUUAGAAGCGAGUUUAGAUGCUGACCAAAACUUGGAUGUAACUGACCCCAGUGUUUUAUUUGAUCUCUACCUGAACACAUGUCCUGACCAGGGCAGCAGGACCAUACGAACAGAGGAGGCUAUGUUGAUUUCAAUGGCAGGCCUUAGACCAAAGAUUAUUUCUGCUUUCUCAAAUAAUGCUAAAGAUUCACUAAAUGCACACUGACAAAAUGAAAAUAUUUUUUAAUUCA